AUGAGUGAGGAACGUGACAUUCGCAUUCCUCAACCGGCCACGAGGAGAGACACUAAAGCACCUGUUCGGAACCUGGCUACUUCAUUGCCAGCCAGAUCCAUCACCAACAGUGAAGGAGAUGACCUUCCCGACCUGACCAGUCUGUCGUCCAGUGUGGACAUCAGGGAGGCUUACUGUCCUGAGUGGCAGCAGUCCAAUCACAUCAAAAAGGAGGAGGAGGAGUUAUGUAUUAAAGAGGAAGACCAGGAGAAAUUCACCCAGGUUUGGCACCCUCACGUAGAGGAUCUGUCGCGUCCACCUCGCAUUCGGAAGGUGGAGGAAGAGCUACUAUAUAUCAAAGAGGAACAGGAGGACAUCACCAGCUUAACCAGUGUCCUCUUGAAGUGUGAAAAUGGUGGUCCAUUUAAGCUGAGUGGAGCGGAGGAGCCUCCGAGCAGCAUCUUAACAGAAGGUGACAAAGACCACGGUGGAGAAACUUCAGCAGAUGACGUCACAGCACCAAUAUCAGACAGCGACCACGAAACGUCACACUCUUCUGACUAUGAUGAUGAUGAAGGGUCUGAUGGUCAGAAGAACAUUAACGGUGACACACACUGGAAAUGCACUCAGUGUGGUAAGACCUAUCGUUAUAGGUAUGAGUUGAAAAUGCAUAUGUCAAAACACACUGGUCAUAAACCUUUCCGCUGUUCAGAUUGUGGUAAGAGAUUCUCUCAAAAGGGACAUUUAAAUCGUCACGCAAGUAUACACACUGCUCAGAAACCUUUCUCCUGCUCGAUUUGCGGUCAGAGUUUUUCCGAUAAGGGAACCUUAAAAUAUCACACGAGAGCGCACAACGGCGAGAAACCGUACUCCUGCUCAGUUUGCGGCCAAAAGUUUGCGCGGAAUAGCCACUUGAAAAGUCACACACGGAUACACACCGGUGAGAAACCGUUCUCCUGCUCAAUUUGUGGCCAGGGGUUCACCGAAAGGGUAACCUUGAAGCGUCACGGGAGAACGCACACCGGCGAGAAACCGUUCUCCUGCUCAAUUUGCGGUCAGAACUUCUCGGGAAGGCCAACCUUAGAUCGUCACACAAGAACACAUACUGGGGAGAAACCUUUCUCCUGCUCAGUUUGCGGUCAAAGAUUCCCUUGGCGGGACGCGGCAACAAAGCACAACUGUGUCGGUGCGAAAAGCAGUGACCAAUGA